AUGAAAUACCAGACCAAGACAUCCGCUAGCGUAAGUCUAGUUGGAACUAUAAUAACUGUAUUGGUCUUGGUGAAAUUAUUUUUAUCCGGUAAUGGCCUGAACAUUUUUUAUUCCAACUAUAUACCCAAUUUCAGGAAUGUUCCUCAAGUGGCAUAUUAUGAUCUUUCGGACUAUCGUGGUAAUAAGGAUGGUUGGCAACGUAGGGAUAGGGUGUUGUUUUGUGUGCCAUUAAGGGAUGCUGCUGAACAUUUGCCAAUGUUCUUUAAGCAUUUGAGUGAGAUGACGUAUCCACACAAUUAUAUCGAUCUAUCGUUUUUAGUUAGUGAUUCUAAGGAUGAUACUAUGAAGGUGCUUAAGGAUUACAUCUACAGGCUUCAGUCUCAACAGGAUAAGUCUAAGCGAUUUGGUGCUAUCGAAAUCUACGAAAAAGAUUUCGGUCAAGUGAUUGGACAAUCAUUUUCUGAUAGACAUGGGUUUGCAGCUCAAGGGCCAAGGCGUAAGCUAAUGGCUAGAGCACGUAACUGGCUGGGUUCUGUUGCGUUAAAGCCAUACCACUCUUGGGUGUAUUGGCGUGAUGUUGAUGUACAAAUUAUACCGAAGACAAUUCUCGAGGAUUUAAUGCACCAUGACAAGGAUAUUAUUGUUCCUAAUGUUUGGCGUCCUUUGCCAGAGUGGUUAAGCAAUAUCCAACCUUAUGAUUUGAACUCCUGGGUUGAGUCUGAGGGUGGACUACAGUUGGCCGAAUCACUCGGUGAGGAUGACGUCAUAGUGGAAGGGUACCCUGAGUACGCUACAUGGAGAGUCCAUCUGGCAUACAUGAGAGACCCCAAUGGUGACCCUGAAGAAGAAAUGGAGCUAGACGGUGUUGGUGGUGUGUCUAUCUUGGCCAAGGCCAAUGUGUUCCGUACGGGCUCCCAUUUCCCAGCUUUCUCCUUUGAAAAGCAUGCAGAAACCGAAGCAUUCGGUAAACUAUCCCGUAGAAUGGGGUAUGGCGUCGUUGGACUACCGCAUUACGUUAUCUGGCAUAUUUACGAGCCUUCUUCAGACGAUCUGAAGCACAUGGUAUGGUUAGCAGAGGAGGAAAAGCGUAAAAUUGAAGAAACAAAGAUUCGCGAGCUAUACGCCAAAAUAUGGGAUAUAGGAUUUGAAGACGUCAGGGAUGACUGGGAGAUCGAGCGGGCACGUAUCUUGAAGAACACUGAUCCUCACGUCUUGGACAGAGAAGUACAAGUGGACUGGUCAGACGUUGAAUCCGUCCCCUACGAUGAAGAUACGUCCGGCCAACAUGACUCCGGUAAAAAAGAGGAUAAGAACGUUCCUCUAGAUUUCAAUCCCGACCACUAG